UUUUAGGUGAAUGUACAGCGCUCUCUCCACCUCAAUACCACGACUGAGGUGCCAACUGCUCCCCCGGGCGCCGCAGCAUAAAUGGUGUGUGUGUUCACACUGCUGUGUGUGUGCACUUUGGAUGGGUUAAAUGCAGAGCACAAAUUCCGAGUAUGGAUCAUACUUGGCCGUAUGUCACGUCACUUUCACUUUCGUUUACUUAUCAGAGCCUUAUUUCGACCUCACGCUCGCCACCUAAUAUCCACUUCAGUCGCACGCGCGCUUUUUACAGUUUAGGUUCAAGACACGGAAAUAUACACGCAAACGAAUGCUCAGUGAUGCAACGCGAAAACACAAUCAACUUGAAGGACACGACUGAGGAGAAGAGCCCUUUAUUACAGAAGAAACCGAUCAAGCGCCACUAGCCUACAGGUAGAUGUGCCGGUAUAUUUCCGUUCUGGACUGUUAAGAAAAAGGGAAGUGAUCAUUGAGGUGUGCAGUCAGGCUUGUGAUGUUAUAAUAUCGCCAAUUUAAAACUUUUAAAGUAUUUACACCCCAUAUAUAAGAUAACAGUGAUUGUGUAGAAUAUCCGAUGGUAAAAAUUAAUGAUGAGAGAAACUUUUUCUGAUUUAUUUAUUUAAGAUGCAAGAUAUUAUGCCCUUUGUUGUCUAAGAUUCCAUUUCAUUUUUGUCUUUGUAUCUUUUUUAUUUUUUUAUUUUAUUUUUUUAGAUGUUGUAUUAGGCAGAGGAAAGAUGCACCAAGUACCUCAGCAAUAAGUAUUAAAUCCUUUUAUUCUAAAAAAAAAAAAAAAAAAUAGACAAGCACAAAAUAGGAUGAAAUAGGAUGUCAGAAAUACUUUCAUCCAGAUUUUAACAAUAUUGUUCCUGUACAUUUUUUUUCUGUGACAGAAAAUAUAUCUGUCCACUCCUGUGGACGUCAUGCACCAAAAUGUAUAUUUUGCCUAUUGGGCCUAUAGAUUCUGUCUUAUUUUGCAUGUUUUAUCAAAAUUAUAAUACAAUUUACACUUGAAUAGAUUUAUUGAACAGCAAUAAUAGUCUUCAGAUUUUAUCAUUGAUUUAAAUGCUUACAGUCUAUAUUUAUUUCUUAGGUCAUAUAAAAGUAUAGGCAUGUAUACUGUAUGAGUGCAUGUAUAUAUGUGCACUGAUUGUGUUCGAGUGUGUGGUGGAAGGGUGUGUGUGCUCACCUGUGUAUGAAUAGCCCACCGCCAAAAAGUUAUUGGAAUGAUUUUUCACUUGUUUAAAAGUCAAAACAAACAUGUGAAAAAUAUUACUUUGUGAUUUAAUAAUUCAUGCAUGGAAGGGUUUUAAAGUAAAUGCUGUUCUUUUGAACUUUCUAUGCAUUAAAGAAUUUAGAAAAAAAAAUAUAUAUAUAACAGUUUCCAUAAUAAUAUUUAUAUUUAUAUUUAAUAUAAUAAUAAUAUCUGCAUUUAGAUAAAAUAGGUUAAAUGCAGCCUUGGUAAGGAUAAAAGACUUAAUUCAAAAACAUUAAAAGUUUCAAAAACAUUAAAAGAUCCCAAACAUUGAUUUCAAAUGUAAACCUUAAUUAUAAAGCAUAACAAUUAAUCAUAAACUGUUUAUCCUAACACAGCAGAACAACUAGGAGGUUGGAAGACCCUCUGAAAGAGAAUGAAUAUGGAAAGAAAAAACAGAUGUAUCGAAAAUGGUAACAGCAUUGAAACACAGUUUGGAAACAUGGCACUUCAACAGCAGGACGACAUUCCACAACAUGCAUCACUCAGACAACCAACAAUUCAAAAUUCAGACCAGUAUCUUCAAGAUUUCAGAAUUGACCAGAAAAAUGGUGGCACAGUAGUUUCUCCAAACAUACUAGGAUCCAAAAUAGCUGGUGAUGUUACAGUGAACGUCAAUGUGCAACAGGUGUCAAACUUUACCUCAAUAAACAACAAUGAAACUCUUCAGAGCGUAAAGAAUAAGAUGAAAUCAAGAAUGAUGAAGGAUUCUGAGAGGAUUUUGGAGGGAAGCUUACAACAGUCAGUCUCUCUAAAUAAGAUCUACACACAGCUGUUCAUCAUCAAUGAUGAGUCAGACCCCAUCACUAAAGAACAGGAGAUCUGGCAGAUUGAGACGACGAAUGAUUUAAGCACAUCAGCGCAGACAGUCAUAAACUACAAUGACAUUCUUAAACCACCCCUGGAAGAAAAUAGAACCAUGAAGAUUGUUUUAACGAAAGGAAUUGCCGGAAUCGGGAAAACGGUCACUGUGCAGAAGUUUGUCCACGACUGGGCGAGCGGAAAAGCCAAUCAAGAUCUAGAGCUUGUUUUUCUGCUCCCAUUCCGAGAGCUGAACUUGCGUGAGGGGGAAAACCAGAGUCUUUUUGACCUGCUUUGUGCCUUUUACCCAGAAUUCAAAGAGGCGAGGCCGAUCUCUGACUGGAUCUGUGAUAGAAAAGUUCUGUUCCUCUUAGAUGGUCUGGAUGAAUAUAAAAAUGAACUGAGCUUUCAAACCAGCAUUUUGUCAGAUGUUACUAAAAAAGCCACACUGGAUGUCCUCCUAGCAAACCUUCUAAGAGGAAAACUGCUUCCAUCCGCACACCUGUGGAUCACCAGCCGGCCCGUGGCAGCUGAACAGCUUCCAUCUGAGAUCUUCAGACAAGGAUAUGUCACGCAGAUCAGAGGAUUCACAGAUGAACAAAAGGAGAAGUACUUCACGAGGCAGUUUGAGGAUCCAGAUCUAACCCAAAAAGUAAUCUGUCACCUAAAGUCUCAUAAGAGCCUGUGGAUAUUGUGUCAAAUACCCCUCUUUUGUUGGAUUUCAUCGGUUGUUCUGAAAACCAUCAUUAAAAGUCAAACUAAAGACAUGGACAUGCCCUCAAAUCAGACAGAAAUGUAUAUCCACUAUCUGCUCAUUCAGACUAGGUUAAGCCACAACAAAUAUCAAGGGAAAAGUGUGUCACAAGAAGAAGCUCUCAUACAGCACAAAGAACUGAUUAAGAAACUGGCAGCGUUGGCAUACUGGAAGCUGAAGGAACAGAAUACCAUGUUCAGUAAAGAAGACUUGAGGAAAUAUUUCAUCACUCCUGAUGAAGCUCUUCGAUAUCUUGGCCUCAUUACCUGUGUCUCUGAGUGCAAGUUUGGAUAUAACAGGACUAAACAUUUCAGCUUUAUCCAUCGCAGUGUCCAGGAAUUCUUUGCAGCCUUGUAUGUUUUUCAUGAAUUUCUAUCAGGAAAUCAAGACUCACUGGGAUUAACUAAAGCGAAAAAGGGACAAAUGUCUAAUUUGUCUGAUUUUCUCAAAAGCGUGAUUGAUGUGGCCGUGGAAAGCAAAAAUGAACACUUGGAUCUUUUUAACUGUUUUCUCUUCGGAAUUUCUUGUGAUUCCAGCAGACAUUUACUCGAAGGAUUCCUGCCUCGAUUGGAAGACAGUAGUUUAGAAGAUCACAAAAAAGUGACCAAGUACAUUAAGUGUUUGAGGAGGAAAGAUCUGUUCCCUGAGAGAUGCUUUAGUCUUGUUCGUUGCAUCGUGGAGCUCAAGGACAGGUCUUUUUUGCAGACGCCAGAUCUUGAAUGCUCACGGACCAAAAAGCCCCUCACGCUGUUCCAGUGCACGCUUCUGGCUUUCCGGUUUGUGAUGUCAGAUACAGACCAUGUUGAGUUUGUCCUCAGGAAAUUCAACAUCACUUUAGAAGGAUUUCAGAGAUUCUCUCCAGCCAUUAUAUGCUUCAGAAAGGCUAUGCUCAAAGGAAGCGGCUUUACAGAGAAACACUGUGAUAUCCUGGUGCCUUUCCUGACCUCACUAAACUCUCACCUGACUCAUCUUGAUCUGAGCCACAAUAGUCUGGGAUUGUCUGCACUGAAGCAACUUUCUCAGGCCUUCUGUGAUCCCAAAUGCCAGAUUCAGAUGCUGAACCUCAGCCACAACAACCUCCAUAGUCAGGACAUGGAGCCGAUCAAGGAUGUGCUUUCAGGAUCAAAUGAGAAUCUGAAAAUCCUGGACCUCAGUGACAAUCAUCUAGAAGACGAAGGAGUAAAAAUCCUCUCGGCUGGGCUGCGAAGCACUAAGUGUCAUCUUGAAGUUCUGAAACUUUCAGGCUGUCAGAUUCAAGAAGGAGUUUUGAAGUUGCUGUCAUCUUUGAAACCCAGUCUGAGAGAACUGGACCUGCAGUAUAAUGAACUUGGAAAUAUCAUGGAAAAGAAAGUUCAUCUAUUGAAGGAUAAGCUGCCCUCACUGAGAAUUUACACUGGAGGAGUCUGUAAUCACCAACCAGGACUGUACAAAUAUGCUGUCAUGCUCACCUUUGACCCUCAGACGGCUAACGAAUACCUCUAUCUGAACGAGGACAACACAGUAGCUGUUCGUAAGAGAGAGAAGCAACAGCUUCCUGCUAAUGAUGAAAGAUUUGACAAGUGCAACCAGGUCCUGUGCUGCCAGCCGCUGUCAGGACGCUGCUUCUUUACGGCGGAUGUGAUCGGGACAGGUGUGCACAUGGGUGUGGCCUGUAAGGGAAUCAAGAGGAAGGGUGCGAAUGACACCGUACGUCUGGGACACAAUAAGAUGUCAUGGUGUUUAUGCUGCUCAAAAAAUGUAUGUGUGGCUCAUGACAAAAAGACUGAAUCACUAACUAAACCACUUGAAACAGAGUCCACCAGAAAACUCGGUGUGUUCCUGGACCGGGAGGCUGGUUCUGUUUUCUUCUAUAGGUUGAACCCAGACUCAGAGCCUGAACUCUUGUACAUGUUUGAUGCAGAGUUUCCUCAGGACGAGGAACUUUAUGCUGCGUUCAGUAUUCAGGACCCAGACAGCUCAGUCCAUUUAAGGCAACCAUCACUAUAACUAUAUGUAGUUACUAGUUACCUUUACAGUUAUGGUUUGUGCUCCAAACAUGAAUGAUGCCUCAAAUUAGGAGAGUGUGAUCAUACAUACAGUAUACACUUGGCAGACCUACUGAAAGCAACCAGCUAGUAAAACCACCGAGAAGAUCAGCAAGUGUUGAAACAUGACUUCAUCAUCAUUAUUGUGUGCUUUAUAAACACUAAACAACAGUACUAGGGCAUUCUUGUGUUACAUUUAAGUUAAAAUGUCUUUAGUUAUAUGUAUAUCUCAGUGUAACUGGUUUCAUUUCAUCAAAAAUAAAGUUUCUAUGUACUGGACUGAUUUUUUAAAUCUGCCAUCCCAAACCUAUGACUUACUUUCUUCUGGGGAGCAAUAAAAGAAGAUACUUUAAAGAUACUUUUUUUCCCCUACAGUGGAAGUUAAUGGGGUCCAAUAUUUUUUGGCUCCCAAGAUUUCUUAAAAGUAUUUUCUUAUAUGCCCCCUAGAAUAAAUAACCACCUGCUUAGUUGAAACCUAAAUGUUAAAAUCACAUUUCCAUAAUCAUGAUGAUUUAUUUUAAAUUUUACACUGUAUUUGAUAACUAUUUUCUGUGUAUUACAAGUGUUCAUGUCUCAUAAUGGCAAUAGCUGUUACUCUAUAGGUGUUACUGUAGCUGUAGUUGUAGGUUUUUAUUUACCACAGAAGAUGUAAACAACCAUGGGGAAAAAGGCAAGAACUG